GUUUCGUAUUCGGGGAGCCGUGAAGCAGGUCUGGUUCUUUGAUACCAACACGGCCAUAAAAAGGGRCACGCAAAAAACAGGAUUAUUUUAACGGCAGAGCACAUUUUUGGUCCCUAGAGUAUUUUAUCACAUUGGACAGGUCUCUAUAUAUUUUGUCUGUCUUUUAUUGCCCAUAUAACCAUGGGCAACACACAGAACCCGAAGAUGAGGGACCCUGAAAAUGUACAAAAAUUUUUAACCGACGCCAAGGAAAAAUUCAACGAGAAAUGGGAAAAACCGUCACACAAUACAGCAUGUUUAGAAGACUUCGACCGUAUCAAAACCUUGGGUACUGGUUCCUUUGGUCGAGUAAUGCUGGUGCAACAUAAAGAAAGUCAAAGGUUCUUCGCUAUGAAGAUUUUAGACAAGCAGAAGGUAGUCAAGUUAAAACAAGUUGAGCAUACCCUGAACGAAAAACGAAUCCUUCAAGCUAUAAGUUUUCCAUUUCUCGUAAACCUGGAUUGGCAUUUCAAGGAUAAUUCAAAUCUGUACAUGGUUCUGGAGUUUGUCCCUGGUGGUGAGAUGUUUUCGCAUCUCCGAAGAAUUGGCAGAUUCAGUGAAACCCAUUCAAGAUUCUAUGCAUCACAGAUCGUUUUGGCUUUUGAAUACCUUCAUUCCUUGGACCUAAUAUACAGGGAUUUAAAGCCUGAGAACUUGUUGAUCGAUGAGAAAGGAUACCUGAAAGUUACAGAUUUUGGCUUUGCCAAGAGAGUUAAAGGAAGAACAUGGACCCUUUGUGGUACCCCCGAGUACCUCGCACCUGAAAUCAUCCUAAGCAAAGGCUAUAACAAAGCUGUAGACUGGUGGGCUCUUGGAGUACUGAUAUAUGAAAUGGCAGCAGGCUAUCCACCAUUCUUUGCAGACCAACCAAUCCAAAUCUAUGAAAAGAUCGUCUCUGGAAAGGUUCGCUUCCCCUCACAUUUCACCAAUGAUCUCAAGGAUCUUCUUCGUAACUUACUUCAAGUAGAUCUCACAAAGCGCUAUGGAAACUUGAAAAAUGGUGUCGGCGACAUCAGAAACCACAAGUGGUUUUCUUCAACAGAAUGGAUAGCAAUCUUCAAUAGAAAAGUCGAAGCACCAUUUAUUCCAAAAUGCAAGGGACCUGGAGAUCCCAGUAACUUUGACGACUACGAAGAAGAACCUCUUCACAUUUCCAGUACAGAAAAGUGUGCCAAGGAAUUUGCAGAUUUCUAAACGUUGGAUCUUUGCUGUGGAUAUGGUGUCAUAACCUAUUUAGAUUGUACAGCAUUACUAAUUGAUCUUAAUAUAUGACAUUGUCAAGCCUUAGGGGCCAAUAACUUAUCAUUUCCAAAGAAAGGAUGGGUCGACAUUCAGUCGGCAUCGUCUGUCCCAUAACUUGGCUCUAAAAAGUUGGACCCCAAAAAAAACGUGUCCAAAGUUAAGCAAAAACAUUUUAUUUAUAUGGAAACGAUUCUUAAAAAUACUAGCGUUAUAGCAGAUUAUAGUAGAUUUUAGCGAGACAGAUAAGUAAGAAUUUUUAAGAGUUGGUAUGUAAAUGUUUUACCUGUAAUAAUUUAUAUUGUUUACAAAUCUACAUUCUUAUAAGGGCGAGUAUCCCAUGCAGAUCCUGUAUUCUAAAUUCCAAACGUUAUCUGCCAUGUUGCCUUGUAAGUUGAGCUCUUAUGAAUUCCUAAUUACCAAUAAAGCUCCUGAGCCCAA